AUUUAUUUCUCAGUUUAAUUACUACUUUUCUAACGUUCACAUCUAGUUUUAGUUCAGCUGCAACUAACGAUGAAGGCUGUUCUGUGUGUGGCGCUUGCCGUUUGUGUGAUUCAGCUUGCUUUAGCUGGACCACUUCAGCAACAAGUUAAAUUAGAUCCAAGGGAAGAAUUGGUGCAGGAGCCUCAAUCAGAUUUAGAGCCAAAGUUGGAGUACCUUCCAGAGGAAAAUGAAGAACCAGUUACGGGUAUUCGAAUCGAUGAAGGUGGAUUGAUUCCUACGGAAUCGAUUCCAGAGGUGGAUGACCAGGAAGAUGGUGAGCAAGAAGUUCAACAAGUACAGAUGCAAGUUUUCGAAGAUGAGCAGGUGAUGACCACUCCUGGUGACAGUUCCGAAGAAGACGUGCAGUCAACGGAACGUUCUGGGGAAAAUCAGUCCAAUGAAAGCUGGUUUUGUUCGGUGUUUGGGUGUAAUAAAUCUUAAUAGUAACUAUUGUUGAUUGAUGUAGGAAAUACUAUUGAUGAAUAAAACAAAAAGCUUUGAACAGA